AUGUUUCUUGAUAAGUUAGUUUUUGUGUUGUUGCUAAUUUUUGGUAGUGCUACUAGUAUAGUCAACAGAAACCCUCAACCACGUCAGAAGUAUCAACAUGGGAAUGAAGCUCAACCAAGCUCCACUGCUGCACCGGAGUGUUGUGUUCCUGAAGAGACUCCUUCACAGAGUAAAACGUCGACUAGUAGUGAUAGUAAACAACGUAGUGGUUUAGAAACGGGGUCAAGUCAUGUGGCCCCUGUGCACGAGGAAGGGGUGAUGGGUGAUGACCCUCGCAGUGUUACAUAUACUUUGUACAGUACUCCAUCUGGCAUCGAUGACUACAAUUUGGAGUCUCCAGUGAUAGCAGCAGAUGAAGAUGACGAUAUCGGUUAUAAUAACUAUGGAGGAUCAGGGUAUGGGUAUUCUAGUCCCCCUCAACAAAGUUAUCACAGUCGUCCUCAAACCGGUGGUGUUGAAGUUUUGGAGCGUUACACCAAAGAACAAGUGCAAGAACCUAUUCAGAAGAAAAUAGUUAUCACAAAAUCGAACUACCUUCCCAGUCCUACUACAGCAACCUACUAUCAUCAAGGUGGUGAGAGAGCAACUGGAGGUGGGUAUAAGGCGUUCGAGGCGCCACCGACAAAUCAAAACAUGAAAUAUGUUGUUAUCAAUAAACAACCUAAACGAACAGCUAAAUAUCAGAAGGAGUAUUCAGCUAAGAAGAAGAUACGUUUCCCAGAUGAUUCGCACAGUCAGUACAAGGAAACGAUGACUGAGGGAGGUGAGUCAUCCAGUUAUAAUAGAGGUGUCUCCUACAGAAAAACACAUCAGCAGCCGCACGGCUCAGUGAAUGAGAAAAUAGCAAACGAGUAUGAGGAUGAAAGUGCUGGGUCUAAUCCAAGAUAUAUUCCUGAGGUGACAGAAGUGACAAUAACGGAAGAUGAGGAUCCGCCAUCGCUUCCACCCCCACCACCACUACCAACAGUCCCCAGAGGCUCUCCUGAAGCUAUUGAGACUAUUUCAGAGGAACCAAUUGAGAGAUCAGGUACAUAUAUUGUGUCUGGAAACAUUGACGACGGACUUCUACCUGAAGAGGAUGGCUAUGGAGUUGAGUAUGAGAAAGAGAAGGGGAAACAUUAUAAAGAGGCUCAUAAGGUGAAGAAGGGGCAACAAAGUGAGAAAGAUUACAAGAAAAAGGAACACUACAAGAAAGCAGAGGAAAAGAAACAUGGAGAGAAACAUGAUAAAGGUUCGGGAAGUGAGACGAAGGGAGGCAAAAAACAUCAUGUAGAUGAAGGUAAGAAGUUUUCUGAAGGACAUGCAGCAGAGAAAGAUAAGAAGUCAAAAGAUUUUUUCCACAAAAAAGGACAUCAUAAGGGGCAUAAAAAAUCGGGAUACCAUAGAGUUCACCACAAGGACGAGUUCAAGAAGGAUGAGCAUUUCUUCGACGAGGAACAUGACACUGGAGAGCAGGCAGCUCAUGGACAUUCAGGAAAAGAGCAUGCGCAGAAACACGGGCACAAGGAGAAAGGAGGUCACCAUGAUUCCAAGUAUCAUGAGGCACAUCAUAAGAAGCAUGGCGGACAUGACCAUGGACACUCGUACCAUAAGCAGGCGGGGCACAACGAACAUGCAGGGCAUCAGUCGCACCAUGACCAUGCCAGCAAGCAUGCCAGCAAGGAGGGGCACAAGGAGGCAGAGAAGCAUGGUCACCAGGGAGGACAUAUCGGACAUUAUGUGUGA